UCUUCUAAGUUUGUAAAAUGCUUUUAGGUAAAUUUUUAUCUUAUUAGUGUUGCCAGUAAAGCAUAUGAAACUGAUGUUUUGUUAUACUGUAGUGUUAAGUAUUAAUUCUGGGCUCACUACAGUACUAGUAGUAGUAGUACUAACGCCCGACUAGCACUAGUUAGUGCAGUGGUCUGAAGAGCGCGUUGGCACUGUGUGGCUCGUUUAUUUGUUUCUAUUACUAUUAGGUAUUAUGCCUAUGGCAUUGAAAUGCAUUAUCCGUAAUAUAACCAGUCCAAAGCUCAGACGUACAUGUAACAGGAAUUACACACAAUAAUGGGGACUUCCUCGGAAGAUGUACUGCUGAUGGUAAAUCACGUCCGUCACAAGAAAAGUGAUGGCACUCUGUAUCUGAUGGCUGAACGAAUUGCAUGGAUGCUGGAAGGAAAAGACACAUUCAGUGUGAGCCAUAUGUAUGCAGACAUUAAAAUGCAAAAAAUAUCACCAGAAGGAAAAUCAAAAAUCCAGCUGCAAGUGGUGUUACACAAUGGAGAUACCACUACUUUCCACUUCAUCAACCCUAUGGGUGUAGAAAUUCAACUGGCAGAGAGGAAUGAUGUGAAAGAACUCCUUCAACAGCUCUUGCCUAAAUUUAAGCGAAAAGUUAAUAAAGAAUUGGAAGAAAAGAACAGAAUGCUACAAGAAGAUCCCCAGCUUUUCCAGUUAUAUAGAGACCUAGUUGUCAGUCAGGUUAUUACUCCAGAAGAAUUUUGGGCCAACCAUGCUGCUCAAAGAAAAGCUGCUGUUAAGCAGACUAUGAAACAAGGUGUUGGGGUUUCCCCAGCUUUUCUAGCUGGCAUAAAACCUCAGACAGAUGGAUGUAAUGGUCUGAAAUACAACAUCACGGCAGAUAUUAUUGAAUCAAUAUUCAAAACAUAUCCUGCUGUGAAAAUGAAACAUCUGGAACAUGUUCCCUAUAAGAUGUCUGAAAGUGAGUUUUGGACCAGAUUUUUCCAGUCUCACUAUUUUCACAGAGAUAGGCUUAAUGCUGGCUCUAAGGACUUGUUUUCAGAAUGUGCCAAAAAUGAUGAACAAGAUAUCAAGCAGGCUCUAAAAGAAGGACUUGAUGAUCCAUUUGUCAAUAUUAGCUCAUUUGAAGACAAGACACUUAGUGAGGAUUAUGGAACUUCAAGCUCAGACUGCAGCAGUAAACCUCAUGGAGUACAUGCUGCCAAUCAGUCAAUGAUAAGAAGGUUUAAUCAUCAUUCUAUGAUGGUUCUACGUACCUGUGAAAGUCAGAAGUCAGUAGGAAACGAUAGCUCAAGUGUUUGUGCUAAUGGGGUUAUUCCUGCCAAAAAAAGCCCUAGCACUUUUCCAAAUGGAGCUUUUGCCCAUAGAUUGACAGCUACUGAAGAAAUUAAUGAUGAAAGUCAUGAAGUUAUUUUAAAUAAGAAGAUAAAACUCCAAGAAAAAACUUACUAUGAAGACCUUGUCGAAAGCAACCAAUCAGAAAGCAAUAUGCUCAACUUAACCAGAUCUGAUAGGUAUUUAAAUGGCCCUAUCCCAUACAUGGAUUGUGAAGAAUUUUCUAAUGAAGAACUUUUACAAACAGCCAACCUCAUUAAAUCUGAAAUAAGUCAAUGGUGUCCAAACCUUACUCAGGUAUUAACAUCUACAACAGCUAUCAGUGCUUUAAGUGAGCUAUCACCAGGUGGUGCUCUCAUGAAGGGUUCACAACAGAUUCCACUUAAAGAAACAGUUCCUAUCCACUUUCAAGAAGAAAUACAACAGUUAUAUAGUGCCCUUUGUGAACUUCUUAGACAUUUCUGGUCAUGCUUUCCUACCACAACUCCUCUACUUGAAGAAAAGGUAGUUAGAAUGAAGGAAACUUUAGAACGUUUUCAUUCAGCAAAACUUCAGCCUUUUCAAGAUCGUCUGUUACGAGAUCACUGUAGCACAGAAUUGACAUCCCACCUUGUUGAUAUGGUUCAAACAGCGUACAGCAAAUUUAACAAAUGGCAGGACAAGAAAUUAUCUUCACAGAAGCCUCUACGAAAUAUUUUAAUUUAGUGCUGUUAAUUUGUUCUUAAGCUAAUGAAACUGAUAAAUUGUUUCCACUUAACAAGUGAAAAGACAAGUUUUAUGCACAGAACAUUCUAUGAAAUAUUUAAAUUUAAUGCUGUUAUUUUGUUCUUGAGCUAAUGAAGUUGAGAAAUUGUUUCUAUUUAACUAUCUUAAUGACAAAUGCCCAUCUACUUUAUUGUUUUUAUUUUGCUCUUUUGGUUUCUGAAACUGAUGAAUUGUCUUGAUUUACUGGUGCGUAAAUUUUUGUUUUUUUCUGUUUUGCAUUAUGUAGCCUUUUUUUUCACUGUACCUUAACUUUCUGUUUUACUAUUAUAUUUGUUUUUUAAUUCUAAAGAAAUGUUUGAGUAACUUGAAUUUUCAAAUUAUGUAUCUAAGCUAAAACAUAAUUUUGAGGUUGAAACAUAUCACUAGCAUAUAGAAUGCAUAAUUUAUUGUGAAUGACAACCAAACCUGCCCUAAUUUGAUAACUGAUAUAAUAACUUGGUUUAUUUUCUUUAAUGAUUACAACACAGAUGUUGGCAUAGAAUGAAUUUAUUGUUUUUAUAAGUAUUCCACACUUUGAGUUUGUGAAGUGCUUAUACAAACAAAGUUUUAUCCAUCCAAUAUAAUAUAUAUGUUGGAAGGAAGAAAUCAAAUUAUUGUUAUUUUCUUCUAAUAUACUACUAGAAUUGUGUUCCCUUAAUUUGUGUGCUUGUAUGGGAAUUUUUGUUUAGGUCAUGCAAUUGAAUUUGAAUAAAAUUUAGUUUAAACAAGUUGUAAUAUCAGAUCAUAUUGAGAUCUUAGUAAAAAUAAGAUCAUUCUCAAAUUCGGCACUAAAACUGUUCAGGUUACUUCAGUUGUUAAUAUUUUCUACAAUGUUAGGCACAACAGUUAACUUAUUAUUAGCAAAUAAAGUUGUACACAUACCUAGAUAUAUGUUAUAAAACACUAAUCUUAAAUAUUCAGUAAGUAGCUAAAUUAGAUUUCCAAUUUAAAAGUAGUUAAGGAAAAUAAAGCAAAUAAAUUUGAAACAAAUGAUAAUUUGAACAUUUUUUCAAUCAAUAGACCUUUUAGGAAGACCUUAGAUUUUUAAAUAAAUCCAACCUUGAUAUAAGAUCUGUAAGGUUGCUUGUAUGAGUGAAAUAUACAAAAACUUGAAACAUCUAUUAGUGGUUUUUAUAAAUAAAUUAAAACAUGUAAAUUUUGAAACAUUUACUGGUAUUUGUUUUAUAAAAGUAUUUAAGUUUGUUCAGUGUUAAUAGUUAUUUACUUGUGUUUUUUUUCUUCUCACAUAUAAAAUAUUUCCACUGCCCUUGUCUCUUUUCUGCAGUGACUUUCGUUUGUGGUGAUUUAAAUGGCUUUAUGUGAUUUAUCAUUGGUUGAAACUGUUUUAUAUGGAUACUAAAGUGGUCAACCAACUGCCUACAGAGAGCUACAAAACAUAGAGCACAAAUGCUCACUUUAUUUUGAUUAAACAAGUAUCAUUAAAACCACCUAAGCUUAGGCUUCAUACUUUUGUUUCAUUAUUUUUUUAGCAAAACCAAAACCAGCCUGCUGUUUUGAUCAUGUAUUGAACUUUUCUUUAAAAGAUAUUCACUAAAAUAAUAAUAAAUAACUUAAAGAAAUUCAAAGGUAUUGAUGACAUUUCAUUAAUUUUACUUAAUAAUGUGACAUAUUUCAUUGAUAAUUCAAGAAGUGGAUUUCUAGAUCUAGAUCUUGUGUUCUGUAAUAUUCAAAAACCAGUUUUUGCAAAACCAUUAUUUUGGGAUAUAUGUGUCAACUUCAGUUAGAAGUAUUUUGCAACAUUUCUCCUUUUAAAAACUGGAUUUGUUCUAAUUGAUGUAUACAUCUCUCUACAUACAUACAUACAUACAUAUAAAUGUAUAUGUGAUACAAUCUUGAGGAUAAUUAUUAUUAUGCAAGUAAAAUUUGCAUCUUCCUUUCACAUACAUAAAUCAUUAGCAAAUCAACAACAAAAUGCUCAUAACAAAACUACCAUUAAUGUUCUUGAAGGAACUCCUACAACUCUCAGACUGCUAAACAGGGUCAGUAUGAACUAAGAUUUUUUUUACUAGAUCUGGAAAAGACCGCAUUUGCUACAUUUUUUAGAGUACAAUGUUCUUUUGCAUUAAAUGUACAGUUGUGUAUUGGUGAAUGUAUUGAUAAUACAUUGUCAGUAUCACAAUUUAUUUUAUGCCUUUUUGUGUGACAAGAAGCUUAAAACGAGCAUAAUGUAGUGUGGCCGUACUAGUAAGAAAAAAAGAGUGAAGCAUAAGUUACGGAUUAUGCUCUGACACAGUGUUAAAUAUUUAUGUACAAGUGCAUAAGUCUAACAAUGUCCAUGGUUCACUGAGAAUUGAAAUAAACCAUUCAAAUAUUCUGUAAAAAAGCAAAUAAUUAUUGAUAUUUUGUAGGAUCUGAAGGACUUGAAAUAGUGAGAUAUUGAUACUGAGUGAGUAUUAUACAGUAUUCAUUGCUAUUAUAGAAAAAAAAGGCUUUUUUAUUUUAUUUGUACCUGUUGAGUAAGCCUUAAUUUUUAAUGUUUUUAUUUACUUUUUUAACAGCAUUAACAUGAAGUGUAUAUUGUAUAUAGAAAAUUAAAGAUUGAAUGUAUCAGUUUCAAAACAAACAGAACUGAAAGAUUUUCAUCACUUAAUAAAUACCUGUAAACAAAUACCCAA